GGCCUACAUUCCUUCAGUUUGUAUUCGACUUUCGUAUUAUAAAGACAUACUUUCGUUAGAGUAAAAAUAAAAUUUUCGGUUUUCAACAAUUUUUCAGCCUUAUUUUUCAAGGCAUUUUUCUACUUCACACAAUUAACAUGAACUCUUCGGAAACCAUGGAUGAGAAAUCAAAAAUUAUAGCCCUAAGGGCGGUAAUGGAAGAAUCCUUGACCCCCGAAAACAGGCAUGUUACUCGCACAAGGAAGGUGGUAAAGAAUUCCGCCAGACCAAGCCUGGCGGAUAAGUACAAGCACGGCAUUGCCCAUCUGAAGGGAAGCUCUCUACCAAAACACAAGUUUUUAAAGAACAAGGGAAAACAUAAUCCGCAGCAAGCCGAAGAAGUGUGGGCCAAUACCCCGUGGUUCCAAGGAGCCCAAACCCAAAAAGCGGUUCCCCCAACCGAAGAUGCGAAGACCCUACAAGGAGCUCUUAACCAACCCGCGGUACCCCAAACGCAACAGUCGUGGUUUCAAGGGUUCCUUAACCAACCCGCGGUACCCCCAACCCAAGACUGGGUACCGCAACCCCGACACUCGUGGUUCCAGGGGGCCGGUAAUCAACCCGAGGGUCCCCGAACCCUAGACUCGUGGUUCCAAACGGCCCAAACUCAAGAGGCGGUACCCCAAGCUCAAGUCCCGUGGUUCCAAGGGGCCAAUUCCCAAGGCGCGGCUCCCGCACCCCAAAACUCGUUCUUCCAAGUGGCCCAAAACCAACCCGACUCAUGGUUCCAAGGGCUCCCCAAACCCUAGAGUGGCUCCAAGGGGCCCAUUACCAACCAGAGGUUCCCGAAACCCAAGAUGCGUGGCUCCACGUAUGCCAUAACCAACCCAUCCCCGAACCCUAGUCAAGUGAUCCAAACCCAAUCCAAGGGGUCGUGAGAAUACUAAUGUUAUAAAUUAACUAAUGUGUAUAGUAGUAUUAUGGUUUAUUAAAUAACAAAAUUUCCCA